AUGUCUGUCGAUUCGACGAAGCUUUUCACAGCCUACCAAAGUCACCAGGACAUUAAGCAAUACCUGGAACAUCUGGUGCAACGGUAUUCUAGCAAAAUUGAAAUCUUUUCCCGUGCCGAAUCGUACGAGGGACGGGAAAUACUAACCGUGCGCAUCUGUACGGACAUCCGGCAGAAGCGCCCGUUGUCGAACCGUUGGUGCAUACUGAUAGAUGCCGGAAUACAUGCCCGUGAAUGGGUCACCGUCUCGGUCGCUCUGUUCAUUGUGCAGCAGCUGCUGGAGAAGGACGAAAUUAGCGCCAAAAGUUUCCGGAGCUUCGAGUGGAUUAUACUACCCUUGUUAAACCCGGACGGUUACGAGUACAGCCGUGAGCAUAAUAAAAUGUGGCGCAAAACGCGCAGACCGCUCGGGCCAAGGAACCACCGGAGCUGUGUCGGUGUUGAUUGCAAUCGAAACUUUAACGUUGCCUGGACCAUCGGUAGUACCAGGUUCUGUUCGUUGCUGUACCGUGGCGAGCGGCCAUUUUCCGAGCAGGAAACGAAGAACGUGCGUGAUCUUUUCCGCAAACUACGGCCCACGUGCAAGUUCUACCUAUCGCUACACUCUUACGCUAAAGCAAUUCUUUACCCGCGUGCCUACACGAGAACACUACCACGGAACUGGCAGAUGCAGCAUACGAUCGCGGAGGCUGGCGUAGAGGCGAUGAAGAAAGCGACCGGUGUACGGUACCGCUGUGGCAGUGCCUCGACCGUACUGAAUCGACCGGUUGGCGGAUCCAGCAUCGACUAUGCGCACGACAUCGAGAAGGUACCGGUGGCAAUCGUUAUGGAGGUCGCGUCGAAAGGUUUCCACCCGCCGGAAGCAAACAUACAGCGAAUUUGCGAAGAAAGCUGGAUCGGGAUCGGCGCGAUGGUGAACUGUCUCGCUGCCAGCUUCCGGUCCGUGAUGAAGGGUAGCGGUACGUUGCAUCUGCGCUGA